GCUAAUGGAGCGCAACUUGUUUAUUGCGCCGGCCCGGCCAUAGCGUAAACGCCAGGAUGUAGACACACUGCACCGGGUCACCUUAAGGAACGGUCAGUGUCAUUCGCGUGCAGUUAUCUGAAUGCGUUGUUAUUGCUGUCUGAAAAUAGUGGAGAGACUGUAGCUGUGGCGAUGUCACCGAUGGCAGCAAGACUGGUUUUAGAUUAGUAAAUGGGAUUUGUUUAUUUUGUUUGUGUAAUUCCCGGCGGCAACGCGCUGGGCGGGGUCCGUGCGUCCGUGCCGCUGUCACUGCGUGGUCGGGCGACCCCUGCAACUUAUCAGGGGUUUUCCGCCGGUGCAACGAUAAGCACCUGAUAACAUCAAGAAGUGGCGAAUCAACACUACCUUCGCGUGCACAGCUGUGUCUCUGUUCUUCAAGGAAGCGCGUUUCUCUGUCCCCCUUUUACUUUCUCUGUUUCAGUGAGGGUUUCUGCAUUCCUUAAAAAAAAAAAAAUGGCGGAGGCUUUAAUAGCCGUGGCCCAGGACCAGUUCAGCUGUCCGGUGUGUCUGGAUCUGCUGCGGGACCCCGUCACCCUCCCCUGCGGACACAGCUACUGCACCGGCUGCAUCAAGGGCUGCUGGGACCAGGAGGACCAGCGAGGGGUGUACAGCUGCCCCCAGUGCAGGCAGACGUUCUCCCCGCGGCCCGUGCUGGGCAGGAACGCCAUGCUGGCCGAGGUGGUGGAGAAGCUGAAGCACACAGGGGAGCAGGCCUCGAACCCGGCGCUGGCGGUGGCCGGCCCGGACGACGUGGAGUGCGGCGUGUGCCACGGCAACAAGCUCAAGGCGGUGCGGUCCUGCCUGGUGUGCCUGGACUCCUACUGCCAGAGCCACUUCAACUGCCACGAGGAGCUGCACGCGGCCAAGAGGCACCAGCUGGUGGACGCCUGCGCCCAGCUCCAGGACAAGAUCUGCCAGGAGCACGACAAGCUGCUGGAGGUGUUCUGCCGCACGGACCAGCAGGUCAUCUGCCUGCAGUGUGUCAUGGACACACACAACGGUCACAAGACCGUGUCGGCUGCCAACGAGAGAACUGAGAAACAGAAGCAACUUGGAAAGAAACAGCAGAAGUCCAGACAUCACCUGAAAGAGCGGGAGGAGAAGGUGGACGAGCUGAAGGACGCCAUGGGCUCUCUUAAAGCCUCCACGGGCACCGCGCUCAGCUUCAGCGAGCGCAUCUUCAGCGAGCUGCUGGUGUCCGUCGAGAAGCGGCGCUCCAAGCUGGAGGAGCUGAUCCUGGCCCAGGAGCGCGGGGAGCUGCGGAAGGCCGAGGGGCUCCUGGAGCGGCUGGAGGGGGAGAUUGGAGAGCUGCGCAGGAGAGACUCCGAGCUGGACCAGCUCUCACAGACCCAGGACCAUGUCCAGUUCCUCCAGAGGUUCCAGUCUCUAAGUUCCUGUCCAGUACUCGAGGAACUCCCCAACACAACUAUCAGUUCCAUGUUGCCCGUUCAGGACCUUUUAAGGGCAGCCAAUGAAGUCAAAAUGAGGACAGAAGAUUUACUGAUUAAGCAGAUAGACAAGAUAUCACUCUAUGAGCCUCAGGUUGAACCAGCUGCCGAGCCAAAGACCAGAGAUGAGUUCCUACUAUAUUUCUGUCAGCUAACGCUGGAUCCCAAUACGGCUUACAAGCGUCUGAGCCUGACCGAGGGCAACCUGGAGGCUACAUCCACCAAUCAGGACCAGGCUCAGCCGGACCACCCCGAGCGCUUCGACCACCGGCCGCAGGUGCUGUGCCGCGGGGCCGUGAGCAGCCGGGCCUACUGGGAGUUUGAGUGGACGGGGAAGUGCGGCGUGGAGGCCGUGGUGUCCUACAAGGGCAUCAGCAGGAAGGGCCUGGGCAACGAGUGUCUGUUCGGCUUCAACGACCAGUCCUGGUGCUUCAUCUGUGCGCCGGCCCGGCACAUCUUCUGGCACGACUCGGUGAAGGCUGAGCUGCCGGGGCCCGGCUCCACGAGGGUGGGGGUGUAUCUGGACCCGCCGGCGGGGCUACUGGCCUUCUACCGCGUCAGCGACCCCACGACCUCUGACCCCACGAUGACCCUCCUCCACAGGGUCCACACCACCUUUACCCAGCCUCUGUAUCCCGGGUUUGGGUUUGGACUCGGGGCCAGCGUCAGGAUCUGCUGCCUGAAGGAAUAAACAAGACCCUUGAUGCAGCCAAAAACACAAGACCCUUGACACAAAUUCUCUUCCAUCCAGCAGGUUCUCCAACAAGCCAUUUUUUUUGUUUAGUCUGCAAAAAGCACAUAAAACUGUCGAACGGCUGUGGAGAUAUUAUUUAAAUGAUGUAAUUGUAAUUAUACAACCAAUUAAAGCAUUCUUCAAGCUGUGAAUAGGGGGGGGAGGGAGAGACUGCAAAACGUUUGCUGCAGUAGUUCUGAGACUCUUGGGCAAGGGGUCUAACACACCAACCAGUUGGAAUAUUUAUGAAAAACAAGAACCUAGGAUGACCAAAGACUCUAUUGGUUGCUCUGGCACAUAUGGAAGACUGUCUGAAUGGGAACUCAGUGCACAACAGCACCAAGUAAACCAGAGUUGAAGCUGCACUGAUUGAAGUAAACCAGAGUUAAAGCUGCACUGAAUGAAGUAAACCAGAGUUAAAGCUGCACUGAUUGGUUUACUCCAGAGUUAAAGCUGCACUGAUUGAAGUAAACCAGAGUUAAAGCUGCACUGAUUGGAGUAAACCAGAGUUAAAGCUGCACUGAUUGGAGUAAACCAGAGUUAAAGCUGCACUGAUUGGAGUAAACCAGAGUUAAAGCUGCACUGAAUCUGAACCCUCACCCCGUACCUGCUGUUCCUGCUGUUCCUGUCUUCUCUGGUUCCCAUUGUCUUGCUGCUCAGGCUGAUGAAACGCCUCUAAGAUCCUCGUGAUUCCUCAUCUGCUGUAAUAUGCCACACCUGUCUCUGGUGCCAUGUGUAAUAUGCCAUACCUGUCGUCUCUGGUGCCAUGUGUAAUAUGCCACACCUGUCUCUGGUGCCAUGUGUAAUAUGCCAUAGCUGUCUCUGGUGCCAUGUGUGAAUUAAUUAUCACUAAUGUCUAGUUACUCUAACUCACCAGCAUUCUGUCACAAACAUCUGAUGCCAAUUAAAAAAAUGCAAUAUUUGGCUCUGCCUGGCCCGCUGAA